CCCCGCAAUAAUCCUAUUAACUACCCGUCUCCUUCAAUUCCUGCCAAUGUCGCCCCUGAAAACCGCACGAUAAACGCCGAUUCCGCUUCCCUCUGCCAGGGUUACGGCACCCCACUCUCAACAUGUUGGAAGGUCUGGUCGCGGGGCUUUUGAACCGCUUUCUGGGCAUGUAUGUGAAGAACUUCGACCCAACACAGCUCAAGGUUGGCAUCUGGUCCGGCGAUGUCAAGCUGAGCAACCUUCAGCUGCGCCGGGAGGCCCUUGAUCAGCUCAAGCUCCCCAUCAAUGUCGUCGAAGGUCACCUCGGCGAGCUCACCCUGAUCAUUCCUUGGUCCAACUUGCGCGGUGCUCCUGUCAAGGUCUUCAUUGAAGAUGUCUUUUUGCUGGCCUCCCCGAAGGAAGAGGCGGAGUACAAUGAAGAGGAGGAGGCCCGCCGGAAACAACGGAUCAAGAUGGAAAAGCUGGAUUCGGCAGAGCUGUUGAAGGAGAGGUCGCAGGAAGGUCUGAGCCAGGAGGAGCAGAAACGCACACAGAGCUUUACCGAGAGCCUGGUCACCAAGAUCGUUGACAACCUGCAGGUCACGGUGAAGAACAUCCACGUGCGCUACGAGGAUGCCAUCUCCGCUCCCGGGCAUCCGUUUGCCUUAGGCUUCACCCUCGAGGAGUUCAGUGCUGUCAGCACCGACGGUGAAUGGGCACCCACUUUCAUCCAGGACUCGACCACAACAACGCACAAGCUUGCCACGCUGGAGUCAUUAGCUGUGUACUGGAAUACCGAUACCAAGCUCAUGGGCCCCGGUCGCGAGGCGCAUACGCCCGGAGCCGAGGUGAUGCCGCACGACGAUAUGCUCAAGAACUUCAAGACUAUGAUCGUGAGGAGCGAUAAUGACCUCUCUGCCAAUCAUCAGUUCAUUCUGAAGCCUGUCUCGGGUCAGGCCAAGAUCGAGCUUGACAAGACGGGAAAUCCUCAGGCUCCCAAGUUCAAAGCCAACCUGCUAUUUGACGAGAUCGGACUGGUUUUGGAUGACCAGCAAUACCGCGAUGCCCUCAUGAUGGUUGACCUCUUCCACUACUUCAUCCGCCACCAAGAGUACAAAAAGUACCAACCGAAAGGGGUUACGCCGAAGGAAGACCCCCGGGCGUGGCUCAGAUUUGCCGGCGACGCGGUCCUCAGCAAGAUCCACGAGCGGAACCGGCGGUGGUCCUGGGAUUACUUCAGGGAACGCAGGGAUGACAGGCGUCGGUACAUCGAGCUGUUCAAGAAGAGGAAGCAAAACCAGCAGUUGACGCCUGAUGAGGCCGACGACAUGAACAAGUUGGAAUGGAAGCUCAGCUAUGAGGACCUUCGUUUCUGGCGUUCCUUGGCCCGCAAUCAGCUCAAGAAGGAGAAUGCCGAAGCGCUCAAGAAUCGCCCGCCCGCUCAGGAACAGCAACAGCAGGGCUGGCUGUCCUGGGUGUGGGGCGCUAAGCCGCAGCAGACGGAGAAGCAGGACGAGAUGGAGAAUACCGAGAUCACGGAGGAGCAGCGCAAGGAGCUCUACGAAGUCAUCGAUUGGGACGAGAAGGCUGCGCUUGCUACAGAAGUCGACGUGCCCCGCGAUAUCGUUAAGCUGCAGAUUGAGACCUCCCUCAGCACUGGCAGCUUCACACUCAAACAAAACCCGCAUGGCAACACCAGGGAUCUCGUCAGCCUUCAUUUUGACGUCUUCAAAGCCAGGGGCCUCAAACGCCCAGACUCUUUCCUGAUUGACCUGAGUUUGGGUGGGUUGCGUGUCAAUGACGGCACAACCGAAAAGAGCUUGUACAAGGAGAUUGUCCGGGUCAAGGACGCGCCGACUAGAAAUGCCCAGAAACGGCUGUCGAUCGCCGAGCUGGAGCAGGCCGGCGACGAGGCCUUCUUCCACUUCCAGCUCGAGCAGAACCCCCUGGACGGCCGGGGCGACGUUGCCGUGACCGCAAAGCUGAAGCCGCUCGAGAUUGUCUGGAACCCAAACGUCGUCGUGGGAGUCGCCGACUUCUUCAGACCACCAGAGCGCCACAUGGAGUCUAUCACUGCGCUCAUGGAGACGGCCGGCGCCACGGUCGAAGGUAUCCGCGAGCAGACCAGGGCUGGGCUUCAAUUCGCCCUUGAAGAGCACAAGACUGUCAAUGCCAAGCUGGACCUGCAGGCUCCUCUCAUCAUCAUCCCGGAAACCGUCACCAGCCAGAACACGGCUUGCGUGAUUCUCGACGCGGGCCACAUUAGUGUCACCAGCGAGCUAGUGGACAGGGAGACAUCAAAGGAAGUCCAGUCUAAGCAAUCCGAAGCAUAUGCCGAGCAGGAUCUCGGGCGCCUGGAGACUUUGAUGUACGACCGGUUCCUCGUCAAGUUGACAUCAACCCAAGUCUUGAUCGGGCCGUCUGUCGAGGAAACAAAACAACAAUUGGUGGCGAAGGAUGACCAACGUAUGCUCCACAUCGUCGACAAGAUCAACGUUGACUUUGUUGUCGAGACAUCGAUCCUCCCCAAAGCCCCAAACCUCACCAAGCUCAAGGUGUCGGGCCACAUGCCCAUGCUUCAGGUCAGUGCGUCGGACGCCAAGUACAAAGCGCUGAUGCGGAUCAUCGACGUCGCGAUACCCAGGCUUGGUGGAGAUCAAACCCAGCCACCGCAAGGCCACAUCACUGCGCCCGGGCGACCGCGGGCCGAGAGCACCACUUCCCUACAAUCGCGGAGGCGUAGCGACAGGAGGCUCUCACAACUGGGUCUUCCAUUCGCAACACAACAACAGGAAGCGAUCGUGAUUGAUGACGACGAGCUUGACGACGAGGACGACAAGUUUGAAGAUGCCAAGGAUGGCUUUCCGGACGAGCAAUUGCGAGUUCAACAGCGCAUCUUCGAAUUCAACUUUACGGUCGACAAGCUGCGUGGUUCGCUUUAUCGAAGCGAUCCUGGUAGGCAGCGACCUGACCAGCUGCUUGUCGAGCUCGUCGCUGAGCGUUUUGGGGUCGAGUUCCGCUUGCGGCCUUUCGACAUGGGUGCCGAGGUGUCACUGGGUUCCGUUACUGUCGACGAUUUCGUCGAGAAUCCACCGGCCGAGUUUAAGUCGAUCGUAUCGUCAGGUGAUGUCGAGGACAGGCAGCAGGCAAGGGACCUUGUCCACGUCCGAUUUGUCCGAGUCCAAAAGGAGUCGCCAGAGUUUAUGACGGUGUACGACGGCGUCGAGACCAAUGUCGACGUCGCCAUUUCCACCAUCAAUCUUGUGGUCACCCGAAAGACGCUGCUCACCCUGCUGGACUUCAUUCUCGUCACUUUCACCAACAACCAGUCCGCCAAUGGGCCUUCCGCUUCCCAGAAGACAAUUACUGACCAAGACUUGGCGACCGAUGCUGAGCUUGAACCACUUUCACCGGUCGAGCAGCCUGAGGGCGGUGCCAUCAGGGUCAAGGUAGAUCUCAAGAGUAUCCGGCUGAUACUGAAUAACGAUGGCAUUCGGCUAGCCACCUUGUCCUUCAACCACGCCGAUGCUGCCGUUUUCUUGCUUGGACGCUGCAUGCGCGUCUCGACAAAGCUUGGCGACCUGAGCUUGGUGGACGAUGUGAACCUCGGGACUUCGGAAGACUCGAGCCUGCGCCAGCUUGUGGCCAUCCAAGGCGACGAGCUUGCCGAUUUUCGCUACGAGACUUUCGACCUAUCAAAACCCGAACGAUACCCCGGAUACGACUCGUCUAUCUUCUUACGCGCCGGGUCAGUCAAGGUUAACUUCGUCGAGGAGCCGUUCCGCAAGAUCGUCAACUUCCUGGUCAAGUUUGGCAAGAUGCAGGCCAUCUACAACGCCGCGCGCCAGGCUGCCGCCAACCAAGCGAAUCAGCUGCAGCAGAGCCAGGGCCGCAUCAAGUUCGAUGUCGUUGUCAAAACGCCCAUCGUUGUCUUCCCGCGCAUCGUGGUUUCUGAAAGACCGAAGCGGGACCUUAUCACGGCCUAUCUCGGGGAGAUCUACGCCCAGAACAAAUUCGCACCACUCGACGACUCGAAAGAUUCGGAAAUCGCCAUGAAGCUCUCGGCUGGAAUUCGCAAUAUCAGACUGACAUCCAGUUUCCACUACAGCCAUGACCGUGAGGAAGAAUUGGAGCUUAUUGAUCAUGUCGACCUCGGAUUCAAGAUCACGUACGCCGAGCACAAGGACGGCGUGAUGCGGCCAGACCUAGAGGUGCAAGGCUCCAUGACCGAUUUCAAUCUUCGCAUCACCCCUUACCAGCUCAGAUCUCUCCUCGAGAUCUCCCAAUCGGUCCCGGCCGCCUUCUCCGGCGAUGUGGAACAGCACACCGCGGAUGCCGAGCGAGAUGUUGGCGGUGCGACGCUAGAGCGUGCGAGAACGACGCCCGGUUAUGGGGGGGGAAACACAAAUGAGCAGCUGAUCGACAUGAAUCCUGAGCUUGAGACACACGGGGAAGCCUGGACCAAGCUGGACCUCGUCUUCACGGUGAAUGAGAUCGGCUUAGAGCUCAUCAACGCCUCGGAGGAUUCUCCUGUUGGUGAUCUGGAUGCGGCCAGCUUGUCGAAGUUCAGUCUCAACUCCACCCGCCUGAAGACCCGGAUGGACUCCAAUGGCAGCGUGGAGGCCGAGUUUGUCGUCCAGGCCCUUACGAUCUACGACACGCGCCAACACGGAGCGAACAAGUUCCGAAAAAUCAUGACCAGCGGCAAUACCGGAGUUGAGCAGCUUAUGGCCAGCAUUACUAUGGCCGGUGGCAAAGACAGAAACGUUAUUGCCAUGGUUGCCAUUGACAGCCCUCGCUUCAUCUUUGCGCUCGACUACCUCUUCGCUGUCCAGAAGUUCAUCACUAUUGGAACGCAAACUCCUCCCGAGCCGGAUGUUCCCGAGAAGAGCCCCUUGGAAACACCCGAGGAAAUGAGCGACGUAGAGUCUGUGCAAGCCAAUUUCUCCGGCGAGGGCUCGGAAAGUAGCAGCAGCCGCGUUGCUCAACCGAGGCUCCAGGGUGAACCCAAGAAGGAUGAGCCACAGUUGAGGCUCGCCUAUCGGGUCAAUAUCGUGGAUGCCCAAGUCAUCUUAAUCGCCAACCCACUGAGUGCCAGUUCCGAAGCCAUUGUCUUGGGGACAAAACAAGUAAUCCUCUCCCAGCAGCAUGCACUCACUUUCCAGGUUUCCCAGUGCGGAAUGUACCUCUGCCGCAUGGAUCGGUUUGCCGACUCCCGCUUGAGGAUCAUUGAUGACUUCUCGUUACAGUUGUCAAUGGACAACUCACAACCGUCGACUACGAAGAUCCAUGCUGACAUUGAGCCCCUUAUCCUUCGACUAUCGCUGCGGGAUAUACUCCUUGUCAUGCAGACAAUUGCCAGAGCCUCAGAACUGUCAGGCGGUACCGCCACCGACGAGACAAUACAUUCCGAGCAGAAAGCCAGACAAUUGAGGGCACCUAACCUUAAACAGAGGCCAACAAGCGGCAGAGCUUCGUCAAGCUUGGCAACGAGGACAGGACGAGCAAGCAAAAGCGUGGGCAGUAUCUCGCACGGGGCUGCAGUACCGCCUCCUCACGACAUCGUCAAACCCCCUCAAAGACAGGAAGAACUCACUGUCACGUUUGACGGAAUAAGGGUCGUGCUUCUAGGCGAUGUUCAUGAACUGCCCAUUCUCGAUAUGAGCGUCAAGGACUUUACCGCCAGCGCCGCGAACUGGACCUCGGAUUUGAGAGCCGAAACUGCUCUGGAGAUGUACACCAACAUUUACAAUUUUGCCAAGUCGGCGUGGGAACCCUUGAUUGAGCCGUGGCAGGUCGGCUUUGGAGUGGCGCGCGACCAGAGGAACGGCGUCAUGUCCGUCGAAAUGUCGUCUAAGCGCACCUUUGACAUCACAAUCACCACAGCCAGUAUUGCUCUGCUCUCCAAGUCAUUUGCUUUCUUCUCUCAGGACCAGGAUGUCCUCGGCAAGCCCCGCGGCGUCGAGGCCCCUUACCGUAUCCGGAACUACACCGGCUUCGAUGUCAUCGUUCAUGCCAAGCGACAAAGCAGCGAAGAGGUCACCACUCUGCGUCUUACUGACGGACAAGAAGUUCCGUGGAGUUUUGAAGACUGGGAGAAAUCGCGAGAGAACUUGCUGCGGACCGAGGGCGCCGGCGCAAACAGUGUAUCAGUCCAACUCGAUGGCAGCGGAUUCGACAUGGUCAAGAACAUCCGGCUGUCGCGCGAGGGCGAGUUUCUAUAUGCCCUGAAGCCGAGGACCGACGGGGUCUUGCACAAGCUGCUCGUCGACGUCAAACUGGGUACUGACAAUGUCAAGUAUGUCACUCUGCGCAGCCCUUUGCUGGUAGAAAACGAAACCGACCUCCCCGUGGAGCUUGGGGUGUAUGAUGCCCACGACGGCCAUUUACUCAAGAUUGAAAAAAUCGCACCUGGUGAGAGCAGGCCGGCGCCUGUCGGGGCGGCAUAUCUGAAGAGCCUGCUGGUCCGUCCGGAUCCGGGCUUCGGUUACAACUGGAGCACCGACACACUCUGGUGGAGGGAUCUUCUCCGACGCCCUAUCAAGACCCUGGUGUGUAAGGGGGAACAUGGCGACCCUUUCUACUUUCAGAUGUGCGCGCGGUGGGACAAAUCAAACCCAGUGACCAGAAAUUAUCCUUAUUUGCGCCUCAAGCUCUCUGCGCCCGUCACCCUCGAAAACCUGCUACCCUACGACUUUAAGUACCGGAUCUACGAUAAGAACACGAAACGGGACUGGUCGAAUUUCUUGCGCAAGGGGGGCGUCAGCCCUGUUCAUGUCGUGGAGUUGUCCCAUCUCCUCCUCCUCAGCGUCGAUAUGCAAGACACCCUUUUCAAGCCGAGCGAGUUUGCCAUCAUAAACGCUGGUUCGGCGGAGGACUUCAAGAAGGAGACACAUCUCGUGUGUCGUGACGAUGCCGGCAUGUCCUUGAAUCUCAAACUGCACUACUUCCGGGUCCCCGACAGCGGGGGCGCCUUCAAGGUCACGGUCUACAGCCCCUACGUCAUUCUGAACAAAACCGGGCUGGGCGUGAGCAUUCGCUCCAAGGGCUUUAUGCAGCAGGCGAAGGCCGCGGCGGGCCAGCCGCUCAUCGAUCUUUCUGAUGGGACCGAACGAAAGACGCCGCCAAUCAUGUUCUCAUUCAACAACGACGACCACAGGAACAGAGCCACUAUCAAGGUCGGUGAGUCCGAGUGGAGCAAACCGCAAAGUUUCGAUGCAAUUGGAAGCACCACCGAGGUGGUGCUUCAUUCUGCGGGAAAGAACGCGGAGAUCCAUCUCGGUGUCACUGUUGAAUCGGGCCUGGGCAAGUACAAACUGGUCAAGACCGUCACGCUGGCUCCGAGAUACGUCAUCCAGAACAAGCUCGGAGAAGACAUCAACAUCCGCGAACCAAGUUCCUCCACCCUGAUUCCGCUCAAGGCGGGCUCGCUCAAACCGCUCCAUUAUCUUCACAGGGGCGGAGUCAAGCAGCUCUGCUUAUGCUACCCUGGCUUCGACAACCAGUGGACGGCGCCCUUCAACAUCUCUGAUCUUGGAAUUACACAUAUCAAGAUUGCCAGGGCAGGACAGCGCCAACGGCUUAUCCGGAUCGAGACUCUGAUGGAGGACGCAACGAUAUUCCUCAAUCUCAGCAUGGAGCAAAGAAGCUGGCCGUUCUCAAUGCGCAACGAGAGUGAUACCGAGUUCACUUUCUACCAAGCCAACCCCAACAUCGAUGAUGACGGGACCGAGGAUCGAUCUGGCUGGCGACCGGUUAGGUACCGCCUUCCUCCACGCAGCAUCAUGCCUUAUGCCUGGGACUUCCCCGCAGUCAAGGUCAAAGAGUUGUGCAUCAGCGCCUACAACAAGGAGCGGCACGUCAAGCUAGCCGAGAUCGGCAACCUUAUGCCCAUGAAGUUUGUGGGCGCAAACGGCCAGGCAAAAAUCAUUGACAUCAAUGUAACUGCUGAUGGGCCGACACAGACUCUGAUUCUUUCCAACUUUAAGCAGUCCAAGAGUCUCUACCGGCAGCGAUCCAACGCAGGGUCAGGCAGCAGUCGCGAGGGAUUCGAGGCGAAGGCGCUCGAUAUCAACACCACUUUCAGCGCGCAAUUGCGCCUUUCCGGCAUUGGUAUCUCGCUCAUCAAUUCACAACUCAAAGAGCUGGCCUACCUCACCUUCCGGGAUGUCCAGCUCCGGUACAGCGACUCGCCCAUGUACCAGACAGUGAGCCUUGCGGUGAAGUGGAUCCAGGUCGACAACCAGCUCUACGGCGGCAUUUUUCCGAUGAUACUCUACCCCAGCGUGGUUCCGAAGAGGGCGCAAGAGAUCGAGGCGCACCCUUCGUUGCACGCCAUGGUCACGCGUGUCAAGGACGACUCGUACGGUGUCGAGUACAUCAAGUAUGCCACCGUUCUCGUGCAAGAGAUGACGGUGGAGCUCGACGAGGAUUUUAUCUACGCGGUACUCGAAUUCUCCAAGAUUCCCGGCGCUUCCUGGUCGUCAACCGAGGAACAAGACAAGCUGUGCGAUGACAAUAUCGACAUUCCACAACCCAAGCAGCAGCAGGCAGGAAGGGACAUCUACUUUGAGGUGCUCAACAUCCAGCCUAUGCAGCUGGACCUCUCGUUUGUGCGCACCGAGAGGGUCAACGUGGAGGACAAGACAUCGUCGAAGAACCCCGUCAUGUUCUUCUUCAACGUCAUGACCAUGGCUCUCGGCAACAUCAACGACGCUCCCGUGCGGUUUAACGCGCUGAUGCUGGAGAAUGUACGGGUCUCGGUUCCGGUACUCAUGCAGAACAUCUCGAACCACUACAGUCAGGAGGCCUUAUACCAGAUCCACAAGAUCCUAGGUAGUGCCGACUUCCUCGGGAACCCGGUCGGCCUCUUCAACAACAUCAGCUCCGGCUUCGCCGACAUCUUCUACGAGCCAUACCAGGGUCUCAUCAUGUCGGACAAGCCCGAGGACUUUGGUCUCGGCCUCGCCCGCGGGGCCGGCUCUUUCUUCAAGAAGUCGGUCUACGGCUUCAGCGACUCCUUCUCCAAGGUCACGGGCAGCUUCGCGAAGGGUCUCGCGGCCGCCACCAUGGACAAGCAGUUCCAAGACCGGCGACGCAUCACGCGCGCGCGCAACCGGCCCAAGCAUGCCCUGUUCGGCGUUACUGCGGGCGCCAACAGCUUCCUCACUUCGGUGGCAUCGGGGGUCGGCGGGCUCGCCCGCAAACCGCUGGAGGGCGCGGAGCAGGAAGGCGCGCUCGGCUUUUUCAAAGGCAUCGGGAAGGGUGUGGUCGGGCUGGCGACCAAGCCGGCGAUCGGGGUGCUCGACUUCGCGUCCAACGUGUCGGAGGGCGUGCGCAACACGACGACGGUCUUUGACGGCUCGGAGCUCGAGCGCGUGCGGCUGCCGCGCCACAUUCCGGCCGACGGCGUGGUGCGGCCGUACUCGCAGCGCGAGGCGCUCGGCCAAAGCUGGCUCAAGCAGGUUGACAACGGCAAGUACUUUAACGAGGCCUACAUUGCCCACCUGGAGCUGCCGACCGAGGACAUGGUGGUGAUGGUGACGUACGGGCGCAUCCUGCUCAUCAGGAGCCGGCGUCUGCAGACCGAGUGGGACGUGCCGCUCAAGGAUGUGCAGACGAUUGCGAAGGAACGAACGGGGCUGAGCCUGACUCUGCGCGGGGGCACCAACGGCCCAUUCAUUCCCAUCGGGCAGGAGAGCGGGCGCACCUUCAUCUAUCGCAUGGUCGGGGUGGCGGUCGAGGAGUAUAAUCGGCGGUUCAAGGGGUUAGAGUAGGGCGCUGACUUUGGCGGAGAGGGAAAAGACGAUAGCAAAGCCAGGGGGAGGAGAUGGGGGCGGCGGCGGAGGCGGAGGCGGAGGCGAAGGCGGUGAGCUGAAUACGGCGUAACCAGGGCGGGCGGCAUUGCGCGGUAUCGCUUUGUUUGAUUGAUCAGUCAUUGGCCGGGAGUUGCUGACGACAUUGUCCCGUUUGGAACCGAG